CUCUUGUGAGAAGGGUCAUUGACCUUCUUUUUUUUUUUUUGAAGCAAUCAUGGGUGAGAAUAGUCCAGAAUUGACGCUGAUGUCUAUGGAGGAGGAUGGAUUGUGUCCGGAUGACAAGAUGAGGAAGUGGUUUUUGGAAAAGGGAGGGCGGGAAUCGGCCACCAUUUACGAUACCACCACUGUCCUUAUAGAGCAGGAUCAGCAUCCUUCGGAGGAAGAGGAAGACGAGGAGGAAGAUGAUGCCAAUGUAGGAACCAACUUACCUUUCUUGGAUGCGGCCAAUGAAGAAGGACUUUUGCUGAUGUCUGAACAGGAUGCAAUGACACAAGGAUAUGUUCAGCACAUCAUUUCUCCGGACCAGAUUCAUUUUACCAUUAAUCCUGGCUCUAUGCCAAUGCCAAGGAAUAUUGAAGGGGCAACUUUGACGCUGCACUCUGAAUGCCCAGAUACCAAGCAAAAGGAGGUAAAGCGGUACCAGUGUACCUUUGAAGGCUGCCUAAGAACGUACAGUACUGCUGGAAAUCUGCGCACACACCAGAAAACACACAGAGGCGAAUACACAUUUGUCUGCAAUCAGGAGGGUUGUGGGAAAGCAUUUCUUACAUCCUAUAGUCUCAAAAUCCACGUACGUGUACACACUAAAGAGAAGCCAUUUGAAUGUGACGUACAGGGCUGUGAAAAAGCUUUUAACACCCUUUACAGGUUGAGAGCCCACAAAAGGCUUCACACUGGUGAAACUUUUAAUUGUGUGACAGAGGGCUGCAGCAAAUAUUUCACUACGCACAGUGACUUGCGAAAACACAUUCGAACCCACACCAGAGAGAAACCUUUCAGGUGUGAUCACGACGGUUGUGGGAAAGCGUUUGCUGCCAGUCAUCACUUGAAAACGCAUGCUAGGAAGCAUAGUGGGGAAAGACCAUUUCUCUGCACUAAUGAUGGAUAUGAAAAGACAUUCAGCACGCAAUACAGCCUGAAGGUUGACCUGAAGGGGCAUGAACUUGCUAAUUUAGAAGAUCCAUUCCCAAGUCACGAGGUGUGUGAGGAUACAAACCAUUGGCUCUGUUUAAGUGAUUUAAGCACCUUAUCAACUGAAUCUGAACUGCGAGAAAAUGCUAAUAGUCCUGGACAGUCUCUGAGCACAUUGUUACCACAAAAUAUAUUUGACUCCAUGUUCCAGAGCCCGGAAAAUACAGAAGAUAAUGAUAUUGGUCAACAGUCAGAAGUGCUGUUAAAAACCUGGGCUUCAGACCCGCCAGCUUUGGACCCAGCAGAGACCAGUGCUACUGAACCUCCACCACCUCUGGCGACCCCUCUGGUGAAUCCUCCAGCUGUGUCGGAGGAUACCCUACAGACUACUCCUGGCAUAACCUCUUUGUCUUUGCCACAUAGAACCAUUGGAUGUGGGACUCGGUCAACAAGCUCUGUGUCAUGCACUGUUUCUCAGCCUCUAAAAGUGCCUAUCCAUAAUGGGGGCCAAAUCUCUGCCACCCAGGACAACUUCUUAACCCAACAGACCUCACAAACUUUAGUAGAAAACUUGACUGUGGUUGCUGGCCCUACAUUGCCUCCAGGAACCUCUUUAGAGACUGUUCUACCAACACUGGUGCAGGCUGCAGUUUCCAGUGCCAACACUGUAUUGAGCAGCAACCCUGCAAUAAGCAUAACACAGACUCCUAGAACUGCCUUGCUGCAAUCUGGCUUAGUUGUGGAUGAGCAAAAUCUGCAGUGGAUUUUAAACAGGACUGCUGCGAAUCAAGAUCACUCUCAGCAGCAACCUCCAAAGGUGGAGAAGGUAUUCUUCACUAAUACAGUCCCACUGACAAGCACAUCAGGCAAUGCUGUACUGCAGGUUGGUUUGAGCGUUCCUGUCAUCAUUAUAAAACAAGAAGAGUCUUGCCAGUGUCAGUGUGCCUGCAGAGCUCCGGAACAACCUAUUUAAAGAGGCACUGAGACUAUUCAAACGUGCAGUCAGAUGAAGGAAAAACUUCA